CUUAGACAGCAGUGGUAUCCCUCUCCUAAGUUAAGCAGUGUCAAACUGAACUGAAGUUGGUAACGAUUGGAAAUCCGCGUGAAACAAGUGUCUGUUCAGUUCCAACGAAACCUAUCUUAAAUUAAUCGUUCUAAAUAACCUGUGCUUUCGCAGUGCUGACUGAUCUCUGUGAGAUUGCAAAAACAUUCUCUAUAAAACAUUGUUGCCUACCGUUUACCGCAAAAAUGAUGAUGCACUCGUCUCAGAAGGACACAACCUACACAAAGAUAUUUGUAGGAGGUCUUCCAUAUCACACCACGGACUCCAGUCUCAGGAAAUACUUCGAAGUGUUCGGUGAUAUCGACGAGGCUGUUGUUAUAACGGACAGACAGACGGGCAAAUCCAGGGGUUAUGGAUUCGUGACGAUGGCAGACCGGGCGUCUGCGGACCGAGCCUGCAAGGACCCAAACCCCAUCAUCGACGGCCGGAAAGCCAAUGUGAACCUGGCCUACCUGGGGGCCAAGCCCAGGGUCAUGCAGCCAGGUGAGGGGAUGGACGCGCUGGCGGAGGGCUGCGCCACACGUUUAUUUCACAGCUUGGACGACCAAGGUUUCUCAUUUGGUGUUCCUCAAAUCCAUCCAGCGUUCCUCCAGAGGCCUUAUGGGAUCCCAGCCCACUAUGUCUACCCCCAGGCCUUUAUGCAGCCAAGCACCAUGGUCAUCCCUCACAGCAUGCAGUCGCCUGCCGCCACGGCCUCCGCCGCCUCCUCCCCGUACCUCGACUACACCGGAGCGGCCUACGCCCAGUACUCGGCCGCAGCCGCCAGCGCCGCGGCCGCCGCUGCCUACGAGCAUUACCCGUACGCAGCCUCCCCGGCCCCUGCAGGCUACAUGGCUGCAGCAGGGUACGGUUACGCGGUCCAGCAGCCCCUAGCAGCCGCAGCCACCCCGGGAGCAGCCGCAGCAGCUGCAGCCUUCGCCCAGUACCAGCCUCAGCAGCUUCAGGCAGACCGCAUGCAGUAACUGACCACUAUGAGCCUGGAUAACAGAAGAGGGGGAUGCUGUAGAGAGGAGGGAGGAGGCCAUACUCACCCCCAUGACACUACAAGGGGAGAGGUGGGGGGAGAGUGUGAGGAGGGGGGAGGGAUGAAGAGUGGAGUGGAGUGGUGGUCAUCAAUCCUUGGCUUUAGAACAUGCAGUGCUGCUACCAAAAGAGCCUGAAGAGAAUCAUCUCAUAACUAAAGAGAGUCGUCUCAUAACUGAAUAGAAUCGUCUCAUAACUGAAGAGAAUCAUCUCAUAACUGAAUAGAAUCAUCCCAUAACUGAAUAUAAUCGUCUCAUAACUGAAGAGAAUCAUCUCAAAACUGAAGAGAAUCAUCUCAAAACUGAAUAGAAUCAUCUCAUAACUGAAGAAAAUCGUCUCAUAACUGAAUAUAAUCGUCUCAUAACUGAAGAGAAUCAUCUCAAAACUGAAGAGAAUCAUCUCAUAACUGAAGAAAGUCAUCUCAUAACUGAAUAGAAUCAUCUCAUAACUGAAGAGAAUCAUCUCAUAACUGAAUAGAAUCGUCUCAUAACUGAAGAAAGUCAUCUCAUAACUGAAUAGAAUCAUCUCAUAACUGAAGAGAAUCAUCUCAUAACUGAAGAGAGUCGUCUCGUAACUGAAGAGAGUCGUCUCAUAACUGAAGAGAGUCGUCUCAUAACUGAAUAGAAUCGUCUCAUAACUGAAGAGAGUCGUCUCAUAACUGAAGAGAAUCGUCUCAUAACUGAAGAGAAUCGUCUCAUAACUGAAGAGAGUCGUCUCAUAACUGAAGAGAAUCGUCUCAUAACUGAAGAGAGUCGUCUCAUAACUGAAGAGAAUCGUCUCAUAACUGAAGAGAGUCGUCUCAUAACUGAAGAGAAUAGUUACUUCAUUAUUCAAAUAUCAUCCGUGUUGUCAUCACUAAAUUAUUGUUUUUUGUUGUUGUCAUUAUAUCAGAAAUAUUUAAUAUUUAUUCAUCAGGACAAAUAUCUAGAAUUAUUAUUUAAGAUAUGACCUCAUAACCAACCUUUAAGUUUAAGUUAAUAAUUUUAAGCAUAUUUAAUGUGUAGUAAAUUAAAUGUGUGAUUUUGUACAACUUUCACAAGUGCACUGAAGUCUAAUCAGGUAUUUUUCCCUCCAAUUUCUUAAACAAUGUAGAUGGUCAAACCAAAAACACUUUUGGUCACUUUUCACCUUUUAAUACUUUUAAACCUACAUUUUGAACUAUGCAAUUUGAACUUGUAAAAUAUAUUUAGUGAAAUAUGUCUUCUACAAAUAUAUAUAUAUACAGUUGAAGUCAGAAGUUUACAUACACUUAGGUUGGAGUCAUUAAAACUCGUUUUUCAACCACUCCACAAAUUUCUUG